UGUAAUUUUCAGUUUUGUAAGAAAACCAAAAACAAAAGAAAUUAUUUUUUUCUUGGAAGGAACAGAGAAAUGGUUUCGGACUCGGACCUCGUGACCCAGCUCCGGGAAAUUCUCCGUAGCUCCGACCUAGAAACAACGACUCCGGCGAGCGUUCGCCGUCAGCUGGAGGCGUAUUUCGGCGUCGAAUUAACCGAUAAGAAAGCUUUCGUCAGGGAACAAAUCGAUGCUUUUCUUGAAAGUGAAGCUUUGUUAGAAAGCAAACCCGAGGAAGAAGAAGAAGAAGAUAAUGAAGACUGUAAUGGUGAUCAAAACGAUGAAGAAGGAAGUGAAAACGAUGAUGAUAAGACCGAACCACCGGUAAAGGCUAAGAAACGUGGAGGUGGGUUUAACAAAAUAUGUCAGCUUUCUCCACAACUAGAGAAGUUUUUAGGAACUUCUCAAUUGGCUCGAACAGAGGUUGUGAAGAAAAUGUGGGCAUAUAUCAGACAGCACGAUUUGCAAGAUCCAAAGAAUAGGCGGAAUAUAUUAUGCGACGAUUCGCUUCAUUCGUUAUUUCGUGUAAAGACAAUUGAUAUGUUUCAAAUGAACAAGGCAUUGGCAAAGCAUAUUUGGCCGCUAAAUGAUGGAGAUGGGUGUGUUAAGAAUGUGAAAGGGGAAGAUGAAGAUGAGACAUCAGGGGAAAGAUAUGAGAAAGAGGUAAAAAUCGAAGAAGCGGUAGAGAAUAAUGAAGAAGUAAGUGGAGAAGAGGAAGAUCGUAGUGUCCGAAAACGCAAACGCAAGAAAAGAAAACCAGCCAAGUCCGAGGAGAAACCGAAGAAAAAAGGAGGCGGCUUUACCAAAGUUUGCAGUCUUUCACCAGAACUUCAGGCUUUUACUGGAACGGCUCAGUUAGCUAGAACAGAGGUUGUGAGAAUGCUUUGGAAAUACAUAAAGGAGAACAAUUUGCAAGAUCCAUCAGAUAAACGCACAAUAAUAUGCGAUGAAUCAUUACGGUCUCUGUUCCCUGUUGAGUCUAUCAAUAUGUUUCAAAUGAACAAACAACUAACCAAGCACAUUUGGCCUCUAGUACAGGAGGAUGAAGCAGGAACAACUAACGAUUCAGAGAAGGGAAAACAGAAAAUGAAAAUGGAGAUAGACGCAGAUAAUGAUGAAGCAAAUGAUGAAAAGGCUACUUCAUCAAGAAUCAAGACUGAACAAUGAUUCGAGUGAGAAGCUGAAAGAACUCUUGGAAGUUGUUUUUUUCCAAGGCGACUCAGGUCUCAAAGCUUCUGACUAACCACUUCAUCAAGACUAACCAAUGAUUCGUCAUUCGAAGGGGCCAAUUUUGGUAAGUAUUUCAUAUAGGCAAGAGCAGUGUUAAGUAAGCAUUUGUUAACUCUUGGUAUAUAUAGUGACAAAACUGGACCUGACCAGAGCUAGUUUGGACUUUUGACUAAUCAGACUUGUAGUUAAUGCAAAGAAGAACAAGUGAUGCGAUAACAUGUUUCAACUUUGCUACCAAAA